GUACAUAAAGCAGGCUCCGGCGCUAAUGUGUGGAGUGUGCGCGCAGCAGUGCCCGGGAGCCAGUCAGGCGGAGAGGGGCACCGCGCCGCUAGAGCGCGCAUUACGGUAAAGCGAAGGACCAGAUCCUGGAGCCGCAUCGGGAGAGCAGCCGGAGCAUCUCAUUCAGCAGCACCGGGAGCCAUGGCCAAGGAGCGGCCGGAGAAAGCCGAGGAGACCGAGCAGAUGAUCGAGAAGGAGGGAGCCAAGGAAGUGGCCGAGGUGCCAGGAGGGGCGGCGGAUGGCAGGGACAUGAGAGCCGUGCUUCUCUCCGCCUUUGGAGGGCUCAACAAGCUGCGCGUGGCCCGGAAAGUGAUGCCCGAGCCCCAGGACGGAGAAGUGAAGAUCCGGGUGAAAGCCUGUGGGCUGAACUUUAUUGAUUUGAUGGUUCGACAAGGAAACAUAGACAAUCCUCCAAAAACCCCAUUGGUUCCUGGGUUUGAACUGUCUGGAAUAGUUGAGGCACUCGGAGCAAACGUUACUGGAUUUGAGAUAGGUGACAGAGUAAUGGCCUUUGUCAAUUACAAUGCUUGGGCAGAGGUGGUCUGCACUCCGGCAGAAUUUGUCUACAAGAUCCCAGAUGAUAUGAGUUUCUCAGAAGCAGCUGCUUUCCCAAUGAACUUUGUCACAGCCUACAUGAUGCUAUUUGAAGUGGCCAACCUCAGAGAAGGCAUGUCAGUGCUGGUCCAUUCUGCAGGUGGAGGAGUGGGACAAGCAGUGGCUCAACUCUGCUCAACUGUUCCAAAUGUCACGGUUUUCGGAACUGCUUCUGCCUUCAAACACGAGGCUAUUAAAAACUCUCUUAAUCACCUCUUCGACAGGAAUGCAGAUUACGUACAAGAAGUAAAAAAAAUUUCACCAGAAGGAGUAGACAUUGUCCUGGAUUGCUUAUGUGGGGAAAACACCGGAAAAGGAAUUGGCCUCCUGAAACCACUGGGGACAUAUAUUUUAUAUGGUUCAUCCAAUAUGGUCACCGGGGAAACAAAAAGCUUCUUCAGUUUUGCCAAAUCAUGGUGGCAAGUGGAAAAGGUCAAUCCCAUCAAAUUAUAUGAAGAGAACAAAGUAAUGUCUGGGUUCUCACUGCUAAACCUGCUGUUCAAACAAGGACGCGCUGGUGUCAUAAGAGGGGUCAUAGACAAGCUUCUUGACUUGUACAAUCAGAAGAAGAUCAAACCAUUGGUGGAUUCAUUGUGGGCAUUAGAGGAGGUGAAAGAAGCAAUGCAAAGGAUCCAUGACAGAGGUAACAUCGGAAAGCUGAUUUUAGAUGUGGAAAAGGCUCCAACCCCGUUGAUGGCCAAUGACAGCACAGAAACCAGUGAAGCUGGAGAGGAAGAAGAAGACCACGAGGGUGACACUGAAAAUAAGGAAAGGAUGCCCUUUAUCCAGUGAUAGAGGCUGUGACUGCUGAAAGAUUGGAAGAAUGAAAUAUCUCUCUUCUGUGCAUCAGUGAACAAACCUGCUGUAGUACACUG